UGUGUCUUGUUUAUAUAUUUAAAAAAAUACACAAGGUUUGUUAGUGUGAAUUCAGAAACAUGAAGAAGUUACUGGGUAUACUUUUUGUAUUACCCAUAUUAUGGACUAUAACAUAUGCAUAUAGGAUUACUUACCUUCAUGUAGUAUCAGAGAUUGACUACCGUUUCUCCCGGACGAUAGUCACAAGUAAAAUAUCAAACAAUGAUAGCUGGCCAGCAGAUCUUCGGUUUGACAUGGACUUACCAGAGGAGGCCUUUAUUUCUUCUUUCAAAUUGAUCGUCAAGGGUAAAGAAUAUCUUGGUAGAAUAAAAGAAAGAGAGAUUGCUCGUCGAGAAUUCGAGGAAGCCCAGAUGCAGGGCAGAACUGCAGGGCACAUAGUUACAAGGCCAAGAAGCACAAACAGCUUCCAAGUUCAACUUAAUGUUGCUGCUUUCGAGGAGGUGAAGUUCGAGUUAACAUACAGAGAACUCCUGAGAAGGGUAAAGGGAUUUUAUAAUCACGUGAUCUUCUUGAGUCCUGGCAUGCCAAUCGAAGACUUCCUUAUAAGUGUGAUGAUCACAGAGUCUCAGAAAAUUAACCCAAUCAAAAUACCACCUCUGCAAACGGAUAUAUUAACAGAGGGCCCAUUGGGCACCAAUGAUUUGGCAACUGUAGAAUUCUUACCAACCGGAAACCAAGCAAUAGUGACAUACCAACCCACACUUAGACAACAGGUAGAACUUUCUGAGUAUGGGCUAUCCGGUAAAUUUAUCGUCCAAUAUGACAUCGAAAGAUCCCUUGAUGCUGGCGAAAUUCUGGUUAUGGACGGCUACUUUGUCCAUUAUAGUGCUCCUAAUUUGCCACCCAUACCGACAGACAUCGUUUUGAUCUUUGACAAGAGUGGUUCAAUGUUAGGUCGGAAAAUGAGCCAACUUCAGGCUGCCCUUUAUAGGAUUUUAGAUGAUGUUAAACCCGAGGACAGAAUUUUGAUGAUUUCUUUUUCGGCUAACGUUCAUUCCUGGAAAGCAAGAGAUGGAUUUAGGUGGAUGAAUAGGGGAUUGGCACCAGCCACUCCUAAUGUUAUUGCAGAUGCCAAGCAGUAUGUCAGAAGUCAGAUGCCGUAUGGAGGAACGAAUAUUAACCGCGCCUUUGUUGAUGGGUUUAGGGAAUUCAAUACACAGCAUGUUGGCGAUCGACCUGCAAUGAUGAUUUUCUUAACCGACGGAAAACCUACAAUAGGCGAAAGAAACCCAGAAAGAAUUUUGGAAAACAUCGUGAACGCCAACUCGGCCUGGAAUAUUCCUAUCUUUACCCUCGCUUUUGGAGAAGAAGCAGACUAUGGUAUUAUGAAGAGAAUUGCUGCACAUAACUUUGGAUUUGCAAGAAAAAUAUAUGAACAAUCUGAUGCAACAUUGCAAAUUACUGGAUUCUACGAGGAGAUCUCAAGCAUUCUUCUGGAAGAUGUUGACUUCAAAUACCUGGAUGGUGCCUUAUACGACACUACAGUUACUAACAAACACUUUGAAAAUUACUUUGGAGGAACAGAGCUCGUCGUUGCGGGCCAGGUGAAUGAUCUCAACCUUUUGCAGCAAGGUAUGGCAAUUACAGCCAAAAGGUACAACGGUACUUUUAAUUUACCUUACCCCCCGAAUCAGUGUAAAAUCCUUCCCUCUGAAAACCAAGGAUUGCCUCCUGGACAACGUCACCCUGGGAUGAUGGAGAAACUAUGGGCUUACUUGACCAUUAAGCAACUACUGAGAAAAAGGGAAACUACAGAUGUCAUUCAGGAAAUACUACAGAUAGAAGGCGAAAUAAUUAAAAAAGCUCUUAAGUACCAAUUUGUGACACCACUUACAUCAAUGAUCGUAACCUUGCCAGACAGGAAACAAGUAGAACCUUGUACAUGUGGAGCAAUUCCACGAGCAGGUGGAGCACCCGGAGGAAUUAUUCCGCCAGGAGGUGUUAUUCCACCAGGAGGAAUAAUUCCGCCACUGCCAGGUGGAGGAGCUCCACCACCCCCGUUCCCCCCGCCAGGUCAACCAAUCAAUCCGGGCUUCAUCGACAAGCAUCUUGGUGGCUGUAAGUUUUUGCUAUUGUUCACUCGAGCUCACAUUGUCAAAGGAAAGUCACGUGAACACACUCAUCCAUGCUUCUCUCUCGCAACGCAUGCCUAUAAGAUUUAUAAAUAUUGUGAUAUGAUAUCGAUUUACAAACUAAACGAAUCCACAAAAAACAGACGACUUAGAGGUGUGGUCAGAUGCAUAGAAGGAGAAAGUGGUGCAUUUCAGCGGGGAGCGGGGAGGAAGAGCGUGGUUCUCGGAUCAGAUGCAGGUUCAACAGGUCCGAAAGAAGUCCCAACUGAACCGUCACCGCCUGUUCAAGCAGGGGGCACUAUUGCUGGUGGUGCCACUGAACCUGUUCAAGCAGGGAGCUCUGUGACAGCUACCUCUCCCACCCCUGCAUUUGUAAUGAGGCCAUCCAGAGGGACGGACUCCAUAUGUUUUAAUCUUCCGCUGUCUUCAAAUUCCAAAUAUAACUUUUUGGACGUAGAAACGGAUAAACGACGCAGCACAUCGUAUAUAUUUACUGCAAAAAUGGGUCAAAAUUCAGUGGAUGAAGUUAAGGUUGACCGAAAGAUGAAGUGGGGCAGGCCUAGGACGUUGGUUACUGUAAAGAAAAACGAUGGUAAAACAUUCAAACAAGGAAGAGGUGUAGACGUCACAGUCUACGGUAAUGCUGAAGGGGUCGUCACCUAUUUUGUUGAAAUACCCACAAAGUGGACUCAAAACGGAUUGCUAACUGAGCUUAGUAAACUACAAUUCACUAUUACUAAAAAUGGAGAUACCGCAACAAUCUCCAUUAGCAACGGACCACGUGCUUCCCUCGAGUCAGCAACAGCAAGCCAGAUACCCGAUGGGCGUGGUCAUUAUGACACGAGGGAGCGUAGCUCCCGAGUUGUCAUUAUGACCACGCCCAUCGCGGAGCAUAGGAACACUGUACAAAAGCCUCGAAUCUAUUUUCUUCAUGUUAACUCAGAAAUAAAAUAUCGAUUCUCAAGAACAGUCAUCACAAGUAAAGUUGUCAAUCCGGGGACAGAGGCAUCUGAAACUGUCUUUGACGUCACUCUUCCAAAUGAGGCUUUCAUGACAUCCUUUAAAAUGAUAAUUAAUGGAACCGAAUAUAAAGGGGAAGUCAAGGAAAAAGAACAGGCCAAACAGGAAUAUGACGCAGCCAGGUCACGUGGUCAAAGUGCUGGACAUAUAGUUGCAAAACCAAGAGAUUCCAAUAAAUUCCAGAUUCAAAUAAACGUUGCUGCCGCUGAAAAGGUGACGUUCGAGUUAACUUAUCGGGAACUUUUACGAAGAAGAACUGGAAAAUACGAGCAGUUAAUUUACAUAAAUCCUGGACAAAUUAUAGACGAUUUCAGGGUCGAUGUUUCUAUUGAGGAGUAUAGGAAUAUAACGUCAGUUCAUGUUCCACCUUUACGUAACGAUGUCUUGACAGAUGACACGGAAGGGAAAAAUAAAGACGCAGAAAUUGUACACCUCUCUCCAACUCAAGUGAAAAUUUCCUACUCGCUGACAAAGUCACAACAAGAGAUUUUGUCUAAACAAGGGAUUUCUGGGCAAUUCGUCGUCCAAUAUGACGUUGAGAGAGAGAAAAAUUCUGGAGAAGUUAUGGUAAUGGAUGGUUACUUUGUUCAUUUUCUGGCGCCGGAUGGCCUGGAUCCUAUGCCCAUGGACAUUGUUUUCAUCUUAGACAGGAGCGGAUCCAUGAGCGGAACUAAAAUCAAACAACUCCGGCAAUCCAUGUUUAAAAUCCUAGACGAAAUAAGCGAAAACGAUCGAUUUAUAUUAAUAGCCUUCGAUAAUAAGUUGAAGUUUUGGCGCCGGGAACUAGCUCAAGCGACAACCGAUAACAUCGUAGAUGCCAAACAAUUCAUUCAGAACACCGGCGCGGUGGGACAAACAGACAUCAACUUGGCGAUGACAGAAGGGUUAAAUCUGCUUUCACAAAAUACUCAGGAAUCCCGAGCCCCGGUCCUGGUUUUCCUCACAGACGGACAACCCACUUCCGGAGUCACCAACACAAACAAAAUUCUUGAAAAUAUCCGAAAGUUUAACGAAGUUGACAUUCCAAUUUUCAGCCUUGCUUUUGGUCAAAGUGCAGACUUUGAUUUUACCAAGAAAGUUGCCGCCCAGAAUGACGGUCUUGGUAAAAGAAUAUACGAAGAUUCGGAUGCCGCUCUUCAAAUUGCAGGGUUUUACCAAGAAAUUUCAGUUGUUCUAAUGAGAAACAUAUCUUUCAAAUAUAUUGAUGGUACAUUAAAUGAGUCUACAGUGACUCAAACUGAUUUCAACACAUAUUUCAAGGGCUCGGAACUCGUUGUCUCAGGAAAGAUAGAAGAUAUGACAAAAUUGCAAGAUGGCGUUGAUAUUUAUGCUAGAGGAGUCAACAGCGAGAAGGUCGCGCUUCGAAGACCAUCUAUUUGUAUUCUACCGCCGCCGCGACCAUUUCCUCCAAUUAGACCCGCCCCUUCGCCGAAACCUCAACCAAAACAUCCAAACAUGAUGGAAAAUCUAUGGGCUUAUCUCACAAUUAAACAGCUACUUCGAACUAAAGAUGGUCUUGAUGACGAAGACGAAAUUAAAAACAUCGAAAAGAAAAUUUUGGACAUGUCUCUGAAGUAUCAAUUUGUUACCCCUUUGACGUCAAUGGUCGUGACCCUUCCAGACGAUUCUAAACCUAUCCUGCAGAGUGUCAACACAGACAACGUUCCGCAAAGCGAGUCUUUGCUGAUAUUACCAUCACGGAUAUACAGCAAUGGUGGAGCUAUGUUUGGCAUGCAUCCUUUAUCUGUGAGAUAUUUUAAGUCCCCGUUUCUGUUUGGUAAUUUCCCUUUUCAAACAUCAUAUGGUUCAACUAUGGCUAGGAGAAGAAAAUUUAAUCCCCUGAAAGACAAAUCUACAACUACCACUGCCCGUUCACCUCUUUCAUCGGUAACUCAAGGUAAUUUCACUUUUCAAACAUCAUAUGGUUCAACUAUGGCUAGGAGAAGAAAAAUUCAUCCCCUGAAAGAUAAAUCUACAACUACCACUACCCAUUCACCUCUUUCUUUGGUAACUCAAUUAAGUACGCCAAGCCCAGCAGUGAAGGGUCAGACAUUGCCAUCCUUCAUUGUUCAAAUAUCCAAGGUGAACAUCUGCUUUGAUUUAUCGUUGAAAAAGUCAAGGGCCUACAACAUAAUCAAGAUGGCAAAACAAAAUAAUGGUUGCACCAUACUUGCAAAUACUGCCAGCAAACAAAACAGGGCCCUCAAAACGUUUGCCAGCAUGAAGGUAGAAAAGUUCAAAGGAAAAAGAAUACAGGAAACGAUCAAUGUUGAUGUAAUUAAAAAUAUUACAAGUUUGCAAUGCGACAUGGAUGGAAUAAAAUUGGACGUCGAAAAGGAUCAACACGGACUCAGAUUAAAGGCGGAAAUGCACGGCCGCCAACGGAAACAGUAUGACGGGAUUCUCAGUCACUUUGUCAAUAUGAAAUGCAAGAUAGUCAGACAAUUUUCAAGAAAAGGAAAAUUAAUGGCGAAAGUUAAAUGCAGACGACGUGGAAGACCUACACUAAAGUUAAAAGCCGUUCAGAAGACAUCGUCAUCCGGUGAUUCCUGCUGGUUCCUUAACAAGAGAAUUGUAAAUUCCCUGAACAUUAGUCCUACAAACUAUGAGAUCACGCCAUAAUUUUUUAUGAAGUAUAUUCUCAUGCAAUGCCAUACUUUUAUAUUUUUUUGUCCAUUUCAAGUUGUCAGUACAAAUAUUCCUGUUGUUGCCGAUGUUGUUGUUCAUAUUUUUUAUGGAUAAGGGCCAUCUGAAAUAUUUUUAAUUAAUCUUAAAAAAUCCUUAGAUUACAAAUCGUAUUCGUAAGGGAUCAGCAUAAUUUCUGUUUGAUUAAAUGAUCACUAACUGUUGGAAUUGCAAAUAUGCUAUAUGUUUGUCUCUCAUUCUUUAAAUUAAUUUUUCCAACCUAUAACAUUCCAACAUAAAUCAUAAAUGCGUUUAGUGUAUAUCGAUACAUGUACAGUUCUUUUGUUUAAAAUUAGAAAGGCUGUUUACUUCAUUGUAAAUAUAUUUUUUUGAUUGAAAAUGAAUUUAUUUUUUUUAUCAUGCUUGUAAUUCAGAUUUUAUAAUAAAUAAAAUAUCAGAACAUUGAA